AUGGAUCCGCAGUUCGGACAGGCAAUGGGCUUGAGAGCCGGACAGAAGGUGAACAUUGACUUUGUGAAUUCAGUUCAGGACGGUGUCUCCGUGAAUGUUGCACCAUAUUCAGAGGAUGACUGGGAGAUCUUGGAAUUGCACGCAGGAUAUGUGGAAGACCAGAUGUUGAACCAGAUUAGGAUCCUGUAUCCAAACCAGGUCUUUACUAUGUGGGUCAACGGACGGACGUUGGUCCGUCUUCGCGUUCUCGAUACCAACCCUGCGGCACCAUGUGUGAAAUUGGGCGCCAAUGCCGAAGUCAUUGUAGCACCCAUGGUCCGCAAGGCCAAUAGCAAUGCAAAACCUUCCGACAACCAAGAUCUGUCGACACAUGUUCAGAAGGUCACACAGGCACAAUGUUUGCGUGCCUUGGCGCUGGACGAGUGUUCAGAUGAGCUGAUCGAGAGUAUUCCCGAGGAAGGACCGUUUAUGGUGCUGAUCCAUCCAGACAGCUGGAUCGAAGCAGAUUUGACUAGCCAACCAGCACUCCGUAUCUCCAAAGUCAUCCCGCCUCAUGCGGAAAAGGCUACUGAUGAUGAGACGAGAGAUCCUGAGGAUCUCUUAGUGGGUUCAUCGGCUAUUUAUGUCAAGGCGAUUUCGUCGUACAACGUCCCUAUCGGUCACGUCGCCAUCUCGAAGCAGGUCCAGGACGCUCUUGACGCAGAGAACUUUUCUAUUGUUAGAUUGUCAGAAGCGCAUAUUCAUUCGGUGCAGAUUCCAAGCGUCACUCUUCGGCCAAUUUCUACUACAGGAGCAACAUCUGCCACACCUGCACCACUGAAACUCCAGCCAAAGUCGGCGAACCACAGUUCUGAGAAGACAGCCGUGGCAACGAAUCUGAUCUCAGUUUUCAAAGAGUGGAUCGAGUCAUUACCCGAUAACCAAGCUGUCAUCCUCAGCCACGGCUCUCUGCUUGUUAUUCCACACGGCGACACUAUGCAAUCAUUUGCGGUUGUCUUCCCUACAAAGUCCUUGCCGCCAACACAGAGCCAUUCACAUCAGGAAGAGACUAAGCAUCAAUCCGAACCAGAGGCGUACAGCGUUUUGACCAGGAUCCAGUUGGUCCAGCUCAAAGUUGAGAUUGGUCAGGCACAAGGAAUCAGUCAUGUCUACAAAAAAACUAUCAAUCAUAUCGCGGACACUCCUGCAGCACUAGGAGGCGUUACUCAGGUGUACACAAAAGCUGAAAAAUACCUUUUGACUUGUCUCUCAAAAAUCGAAUUGCGUGAUGCCUUUGCGGUUCCCAGCCUGGGUGGAUUUCUGUUGUGUGGACCUCAUGGAUCGGGCAAAACAGUCGUUGCGAGGUCGAUCAUCCGCAAACUAUCUCAAAACAUCGAUACUCUUGCUUACUGCGUAGAGAUCAACUGCGCAGAGUUUGCAGAGGACCGAUUGCCGGUCUUGAUGACAAAAUUCCAGCAAUGGUUCGAUACUGCUGCAUUCCACUCGCCUAGUAUCCUCUUUCUUGAAGAUCUGGAUCGCCUCAUUCCAGCCGAAGUUGAGCACGCAGACUCGUUCCGCUCACGACAAAUCGCUGAAGUAUUUUUGCAGAUUGCUUCGAGAAUGUGCAAGCGUUUCGAUCGGAUCACAAUUGUGGCGACGGCUCAGCAGCAGGUCUCGGUUCACCCUUCGCUAAUUACUUCUCACCUUUUGAGCGAGAUUAUCCGCCUAACGCCACCAGGAAAGACAGAACGCAAGGAAAUGCUGCAAAGUUUAAUGGAGACAGGUCCGGCCAUUCUGCAGCGUUCUUUGCCUCAGAUUGACCUGGUUUCUGUCGCAUCAAAGACCGAGGGCUAUCUGGCGGCCGAUCUGAAGGCGUUCCUGGAGAGGACCGUCCACGAAGGAGCCGUUCGCAAUAUUGCUGCCCAGGUCGCGAGAAGCAAGGAGGAGGCUGCAGAAGCCUCUCAUUCUUUGCCUAAUGGCAGUGCCAAGGCCAUUGAGGCAGUCUCAGAUCUCAAUGGCGUACCUGGAUCGUCUUCGGAGGACGAUUUUAUGCUGACGCAGGCAGACUUUUUGAAGGCUCAGGAGGGCUUUGUACCCAGCAGCCUACGUGGUGUGAAGCUGCAGAGUUCAGCAACAAGCUGGUUAGAUAUUGGAGGACUGAAUGAGACCCGAAAGAUCUUACUUGAGACACUGGAAUGGCCUACAAAGUAUGCCUCGAUCUUUUCGCAGUGCCCAUUGCGAUUGCGAUCUGGUCUUUUGCUGUUUGGCCAUCCUGGAUGCGGAAAAACGCUGUUGGCAUCAGCGGUGGCGAAGGAGUGCGGACUGAACUUUAUCUCUGUCAAGGGACCCGAGUUGCUGAACAAGUAUAUCGGUGCCUCUGAGAAAUCUGUCCGCGAUCUGUUUGAACGAGCUCAAGCGGCCAAGCCCUGCGUCCUAUUCUUUGACGAGUUUGACAGUAUUGCGCCCAAGAGAGGACAUGACAGCACAGGAGUGACGGAUCGUGUGGUCAACCAGAUGCUGACCCAGAUGGACGGUGCUGAAGGUCUGGAUGGCGUCUAUGUACUUGCAGCUACUUCUCGUCCUGAUCUGAUCGACCCAGCACUGCUUCGUCCAGGUCGUCUCGAUAAGUCUCUGCUCUGCGGCAUGCCAAACCUCCAGGAACGCUUUGAGAUCUUGACAUGUCUUUCUCGCAAGAUGGAAGUCGCUGAAGAUGUGGAUUUGAUGGAAUGCGCUCGUCGCACGGAGGGAUUGACAGGAGCAGAUUUGCAGGCAGUGCUGUACAAUGCGCAUUUGGAGGCGAUUCGCAUCGCUAUCGAGAAGGACGAGGCGGUCAAGAAGGAGGGCCAAAACAGCAAUGGCGGACCAGGUGCUUCUUCCUCUGCGGCCAGUGGAACAGAAUCGAGAGCAGACAGCAAGAUGAUGCGGUUUGUUAGCCUGGGCGGAAAAGGCUUUGGUGGCAGUGACAAAUCUGGUCAAAAGACAAACUUAACCUUGGCCGAACGUGGCCAUAUCUCACAACGGUUGGGACUGAUUGCCAAGGGUAUGAGCGCAGCCAGGGAAGUCGCGUCGACCGCAGCAGGUGACUCUGUCUCUGGAGAUGGAGUGGCUGACAAGGCUCCUAAGGGGUCUCGGCCCAUUAUCACGCACGAGCACCUGGAGGUGUCCCUUACCAACACGCGGUCAUCGAUCACUCCCGAGGAGAGCCAGCGACUUGACCUCAUCUAUAAGGAAUUUAUGGGUGACCGCACUGGUGAGAUGUCGAAUGGAACAGGAAGCCAUGAACUCGGUCAAAGAACUACUCUUGCAUAG